CUGCUGGAGGUGUAAUGGAUGUUAACACCGCCCUGCAAGAAGUGCUGAAGACCGCACUUAUCCAUGAUGGCCUAGCUCGUGGUAUUCGUGAAGCGGCCAAAGCUUUGGACAAACGCCAAGCCCAUCUUUGUGUUCUGGCUUCAAAUUGUGAUGAACCCACGUAUGUAAAGCUAGUUGAAGCACUUUGUGCAGAACAUCAGAUCAACUUAAUAAAGGUUGAUGACAACAAGAAGCUGGGUGAAUGGGUAGGUCUCUGCAAGAUUGACCGAGAAGGAAAACCUCGCAAAGUAGUGGGCUGCAGUUGUGUGGUUGUCAAAGACUAUGGCAAAGAAUCUCAGGCCAAAGAUGUCAUCGAAGAGUACUUCAAGUGCAAGAAAUGAAUGGAAAAUAAAUUUUGAACCUGACUAGUGU